CCGGAGGAGCUGAUUCCAGUUGCAGUUCCCCCCCUCCAGCUUCUAAGAGCGGCGCUGUCCGCUCUUCGUCUUGUUUUUGAAGGCGGGCUGUCCAGUCCUCUGUCCGCGCAUGCGCCUCUCCGUCUUAUCCGCGUCGACGUGCGGAGCUGUGCAGAGUGUUACUUCGGUGGGAGAGUUGGUGCGCGUGAGGGGAGAGAGAAAAUGGCUGGGAAGUGUGAAGGACAACCUGGCCGGGGAGCCCGGAGGAGAGGCACAAGCCGUGUGUGUGAGGACAUCGGGGGCCAAGUCCUGGCUUGUGGUCGGCGUGUUUCUCCGAGGAACGGACCGCCAACAUAAAGGCCAUCGGUGCUGAAAACAUUGAGGGACGUCGGCUGAAAGUACAUCUAUGACACGUGUCCUGCUGGAGCUGCACAUGGGGGGUCGUUUAUAAUGUAAAGCAUUUCCUGUAGUUGUGACUUUCAU